CAGGCCCAGCAUCUCACCGCUUGGCUCAGUUUUAAUUUGACUAUCGAAAGGUGAAUAUGGAACGGUUGGGUCUCGUGCGUGUAGUAUCACUGCUCUCGAUCGCGUUGCUGGUGCAAUCCUGCAGUGGCCAAGAUAUUCUGGGAUCGUACUUCAGGUGUCGCAAUGAGUUUGAAAUCGAGCCGAGUAUCUUCGAAGCACUGCGUACGGGAGACUUCUCCGUGAGGAACCCCUUUGUUGAGUGCUUCGGUGAGUGUUUUGUGAAGCGAGCAGGCUUUAUGAAUGAUAACUUCACUUUCAACCGGGACACGAUCAUGCGCUUCAUGAGCCGCUUCGUGUCGAAGGAGAUAGCGGAGGUCGUGUACAAAACCUGCACCGAGAACCUGAUACCGACGUACUGCGUUACCGCGUUCGAGGUGUACCAGUGCAUCUACGAGAACACGUCCAAAAAGUGGGACAGCCGAAAAUAGGCGCCAGUGUGCAAAGAGGGUGCGAAAGUCUCCGAUGCAAAAUGCCUCAAUAAACCUGUUUUCUGUACAGGAAGUGGGUGUCGCUGUGUGUGUGUGAUUGAUCGUGUUGUGUCAGUAUAUCCUCUUCAUUAAGGUGGUCCGAAAAUCAAAAGCAGAACAGAAG